AUGCACGCGCAGCCUGGCCUGGACAGCCGCCUGGCCCUCGCACCCGUCGCCUGUGUCCCUAAGGGCCAGAUCAGCGGCCUCCCCACUACCUCCGUCGGGAACCGCUUCCAGCUCUGGGCGCUGGGAUGCUUCUGUACCGAACGCCACCUAGCCAAGCGCCUGAUGAACAACAGUUUCUACCCGUUCUCCAGGCAGCAGCCCACAGUCUUCGUGCUUGAGUACUACCUGGACACGCUGUGGAAGGGGGCGCUGCUCUUCGCCGUCUGCCUCGGACUCAUCAGCUCCGGCCUCGUGAGCACGGUGCAGGACCAGGAGACGUGGGGCUUCCCUGCGUACGGCGUGGGCGUGGGCCUGUGGCUCAUGGUCUCGUCGCUGCCGCGGCGCCGCCUGGUGCUGAACCACGCGCGCGGCAUGUACCAAUUCUCCAUCCAGGGCCGCACCGUGUAUCAGGGCCCUUUGCACCUGAUCUACGUGCGCCUGGCGCUCAGCUCCGACGCCUACGGAAGGUGCUUCUUCCAGCUGGUCCUGUGCGGCCACAAGCUGGAGCCGCUGGUGCUGGUGCAGCUGUCCGAGCGCUAUGAGCAAAUGGAAUUCUUGGGCCGCCACAUAGCCCGGAAGCUCAACAUUAACUACUUCGACUACCUGACAGUGUCCUACCGGCACGUGGUCCGCCACUGGCCGCUGGGGGCCACCAGCAGCCCGGGCAUCGUGCACCGCAAGGACCACACCUACGGCAAAGCCAGCCACUCUCUGUCCGACCUGGACGCUGAGGCCCGGGCCGCAGCUGCCACUUCCCGCCGGGCGCCCCGGGUGGGGGGCUUGCGGGAGACACCCGAGCGCGAGGUAGGGCCGCCUGAAUGGUCCCCUCGGGAGCGCACGACCGUGGGACACAUGUGUCCGCGCUCUGACGCCUCGUUCGUCAAGAGGGUUGGGGGCCAGGAGGGCGAGCCUGACGUCAUGAGGGCUGCAAACUCUGAGCGGGCGGCCACGAAAAAGGUUAUCCGCCUGGUUGCGGGCCGCCGGGGAGAGCUGCAGCUGCGCGGAAGGGCGCAAAAGUACCGAUGA